UCACCUGUAAAAUGAGACAGUUCUUAGUCUAAGGACUAUAAACUAAGAAUGUAGUGCCUGGUGAACAGCAAGUGCUCAAUGUUUGCCUCGCUGACAGACUGCUGUGAGGAUAAUAGCAAAUGCUUUCAAUGCAUGGGAUAUGCAAAGGAUUACUUUUUAAGGUUUUAUAUCUAAAUUGUUUUGCCCCAACAAUCCUAUUAGACUAUUGCUACAAUCCCCAUUCAGCAGAUGAGGAAACGACCAUGGACACGUUGGAGCUACUGAAAGUGAAGUAGUUAUUUUCAGGGAGUUGAAGUUUCUGAGGGCCGAGGGUGGGCGGAACCUGUAAACUCCCAGCUCCUGGAGAGGAGGGACAGAACUACAACUCCCACAAGGCUUCGCGCCUCCUCCUGAGGCGCUUUUGAUUGGCCUCGGACUCUGAGGCCAACCAUUGGUUCUCCGUGGGCAAGGUUUGUUGGCAAGGAUUGGAGGGCGGGAGCCGUGCUGAUUUAGGAUUGGUAACAUUUCUAUCAGCCCCGCCUCAAAGACCCGGAAGUAAUUUCUCCUGUUGGCCCAUGUGUACCGGGGAAACCCGAGUUUGGAGGCGCGGACCGACUCACUGACGCAUUGGGGGUCCCUUUUGAGGACGUGAGGCCUGAAGCUGACCGAAGGAGGUCACCGCUGCUUCUCGCCACCCAAGAUCAUGGAGUCUACAUUCAGCAGUCCCGCAGAGGCGGCGCUGCAGCGGGAGGCGGGCGCCGCGGGGCUGCUCACUCCUCUCGCGGAUCUGGACCGAGUAUACGAGCUGGAACGAGUCGUCGAAUUUGUCCGCGACCUGGGGUGUCAACGGGUGGCCUUGCAGUUCCCUGACCGCCUACUGGGAGAUGCUGGGGUCGUGGCUGCACGACUGGAGGAGAGCACGAAGUCGAAGAUGUUCAUUCUGGGGGACACGGCCUAUGGCAGUUGCUGUGUGGAUGUCCUGGGUGCUGAGCAAGCGGGAGCUGAGGCCCUUGUACAUUUUGGCCCUGCCUGCUUAAGCCCUCCAGCCCGCCCACUGCCCACUGCCUUCGUCCUUGGUCAGCGUUCUGUGGUCCUAGAGCUCUGCGCCAAAGCCUUUGAGGCCCAGAACCCAGACCCCACAGAGCCUGUGGUGCUGCUGAGUGAGCCGGCCUGCGCCCAUGCCCUGGAGGCCUUGGCCACUCUCCUGCGCCCACGGUACCUGGACCUGCUUGUCUCCAGCCCAGCCCUCCCCCUGCCAGGGGGCUCCCUCAAUCCAGAGUCUGAGUUCCUGGAGCGUUUUGGGCGUCGCUUUCCCCUGGCUCCUGGAAGGUGUCUAGAAGAGUAUGGUGCCUUCUAUGUAGGAGGCUCUGAGGCCAGCCCUGACCCUGACCUUGACCCUGACCUGAGCCGACUGCUCUUGGGCUGGGCACCAGGGCGGCCCUUCUCCUCCUGCUGCCCAGACACAGGGCGGACUCAGGAUGAAAGUGCCCGGGCUGGGAGGCUAAGGGCACGUAGACGCUACCUGAUAGAGAGGGCCAGAGAUGCCCGAGUAGUGGGGCUGCUGGUGGGGACAUUAGGUGUGGCCCGGCACCGUGAGGCACUAGCACACUUGCGGAACCUGACUCAGGUUGCUGGCAAACGUAGCUAUGUAUUGGCUCUGGGGCGGCCCACACCUCCCAAGCUUGCCAACUUCCCUGAGGUGGACGUCUUUGUGCUGUUGGCCUGUCCUCUUGGUGCCCUAGCUCCCUGGCCUUCUGGUAGCUUCUUUCGGCCUGUAUUGGCACCAUGUGAGCUGGAGGCUGCUUGCAACCCCGCCUGGCCACCUCCAGGCCUGGCACCUUACCUCACACACUACGCAGAUUUAUUGCCUGGCUCUCCCUUCCACGUGCCCCUCCCCCCACCUGAAUCGGAACUGUGGGACACCCCAGAUGUGUCACUCAUUACCGGGGAGCUCCGACCCCCACCUUCCUGGAAGCCAUCAAAUGAUUCUGGAUGCUCAGCCCUGACCCUGCGGCCCCAGCUGGAGCUGGCUGAGAGCAGCCCAGCAGCCUCAUUCCUUAGUUCCCGGAGCUGGCAAGGGCUGCAGCCCCACCUGGGUCAGACACCAGUGAAAGGAGCUGUGAGUGGAAGACGAGGGAUUGCCAUUGCCUACGAAGACGAGGGAAGCAGCUGAUACCAUGUGGGGCCAGAGACACAAAUGCACUUAAAAGUCACUGCUAAGACCUUGGUGCUCCCUACACCAAUCUUACCCCUCUGCUAGGAUCCUUGAAGAAGCUUGGAUGGAAGGGAGAGCAGGCCGCCUCUCACUGAAGAUAGGUUCUAGCUUUGUCUUGUCCUGGCACUGGCACAAGGCUUAGCAUAUAUAGGCUUAGUAAAUGCCUGUUGUUUAACUGAUGGGGACUGAUUUGGGGCUUUCCUGAAGCCUUCUAGGCCCAUCUGUCCUCCUGAGAGCAGUCUAGGACCUCUGGCCAAUCCCAGGUCCUGGUGUGCAGUUGACGGUCUGCCAUUGUCAAAGGCAGGUAUAGGUGGUUUAGACAAGGGUUUCUCAACCUUGGCACUAUUGACAUUUUAGGCCCCUUUGUUGUGAGGGGUUGUUCUGUGCGUUGUAGGAUGUUUAGCAUCAUCCCUGGUUUCUGCCACUAGAUGCCAGUAGCACCCUUUCCCAAUUGUGAUAACUAAAAAUAUCUCCAGACAUUGACAAAUGUCCCCUGUGGGGGCAAUAUUGCCCCCAGUUGAGAACCACUGGUCUACAUUUGUGCUGUCCAGUACAGCAGCCACUAGACACAUGUGGCUAUUUAAACAUAAAUUUAAGAUUAAAUCAGUUUCCCAGUCACACUAGUCAUAUUUCAAUGCUCAAAUAGCCACAUGAGAGGGCAACAUAGCUAUAGGGUAUCUCCAUUAUCACAGAAAAUUCUGUUAGACUGAUUUGUUUCUCAAUGAGAUCACAGAAACUUGAAUAAACCAGAUACUUUUUCUC